AUGGCAAUAGAAGAUUUAGCGCACACAUUACAAGCACCUGCUCCUCAGUAUGUAUUAGGUUGCUUACCAAUUAUAGCAACCAUAGGCGCUACACCGGAUAAUGGCUGUACUAGGAAGAUACUAUGGCUGGUACGAUGCCUUGGAUGUCCGUUUACAGGAUUAUUUUUUCACUGCAACAUAAUGAAUGACGAAACAGCAAUGUGUAUAUAUUGGCUCUCUUCAGACUAUUUUUGGGAUGAAAACGGAAAUCCUUCUUCUUAUAGGCCUGUCGGUCAUCAUUUUAUGCAACCCUUGCUUACUUCAGAACAAAUUGAACGCGUAAAUGAUUGUAUAGCAGAAGCCUCUUUAGUUGUCAGAUUCUCGUCGAUUGUUUCUGCUUAUUACAUAUUUGUUGGCAUAUUUGAAGGAAUGUACAGAAUGAUAGGUCCGUGUUCAGCUCAUGAUUGGCCAUAUUUUCCAUUUUCAUUAACUUGGACUUUACCAGCAAUUUAUAAAAGAAUUUAUGGUGGGAAAAUAGUUGUCAAUGAUCCAAAAAGACUAUUAAGAGGCGAAAAAAUAUAUUUGAAAAGAUACGACGGUAAUAAAAGGGUUAUAGAUGCUCAAGUUAUAUUCACUGCGUUAUUUUCAAUAGUAUUCCCUUGGACAACUGUUUUUUUGGCUUACCUAACUCGACCAGUUGGAUUUGGCUGUCGGAGUAAGUAUCUGACAGCAGUGUGUUCCAUAUGGUCAUUCAACAGUUUUUUUGCUUACCUUUACCACAGAUUUAAUGAGGAAAAAAGGGUUGAUGGCAAUUUAAAAAUACACUGCUGGUUUUGUAUUUGUGGUAUAAUUGUAGCCAUCCUUUUAAUUCUACUCGCUUUGCUAAGUCAUGAAUCAUCAUGGUGGAUUAUACUGUUCGGAGAGUCUUGUGAUAUUUCAAACGAGUGUUCAGCACCAGAUGGUGAAUUUCUACCAAUUUCAAUGAACAAUUCCCAAAAUUGA